CCGCCGCCGCCGCCUCCGCCCCCUCCAGCGCGGCCCGAUGGUGGCGGCGGUGGCGAGGCGCGAUGAGCCGCCCGUCCUCCGCCGGCCCCGGCCCUAGCAAGCCUUGCGGAAAGCAGCAGCAGCACGCUCCGUCCCCCGCCGCCGUCCUGCCGGGGACCGGCGGGGCUUCUCCGCCGCCUCCCCCGCCUCCUCCUCUUCCUCCGCCCCAGCAGCAGCAGCAGCAGCAGCAGCAGGAGCUGACCUCGCUCUUCGAGUGCCCCAUCUGCUUCGACUAUGUCCUGCCGCCCAUCCUGCAGUGCCAGGCCGGGCACCUGGUGUGCAAGCAAUGCCGGCAGCAGCUGAGCCUCUGUCCCACCUGCCGGGGCUCCCUCACCCCCAACAUCAGGAACCUGGCCAUGGAGAAGGUGGCCUCGGCUGUCCUCUUCCCGUGCAAGUAUGCCACAACAGGCUGCUCCCUGACACUCCACCACACAGAAAAGCCAAAACAUGAAGCCAUCUGUGAGUACCGUCCCUACUCCUGCCCGUGCCCUGGUACCUCUUGUGACUGGGAGGGAUCCUUGGAAGCCGUGAUGUCCCACCUCAUGCAUGCCCACAAAAGCAUUACCACCCUUCAGGGAGAAGACAUCAUUUUCCUUGCCACGGACAUUAACCUGCCAGGGGCGGUGGACUGGGUGAUGAUGCAGUCGUGCUUCGGCCACCACUUCAUGCUGGUGCUGAAGAAGCAGGAGAAGUGUGAAGGUCACCAGCAGUUUUUUGCCACCGUGCUGCUCAUUGGCACCCGUAAGCAGGCAGAGAGCUUUCAGUACAGACUGGAGCUGCACAGCAGCUGCCACCGGCUGACCUGGGAGGCGUCUCCCUGCUCCAUCCACGACGGCGUGCACGUGGCCAUCCGCAACAGCAACUGCCUCGUUUUUGACACCGCCACCGCGCACCUUUUUGCUGACAACGGAAACCUCGGCAUCAACGUGACAAUUUCCAUGUGCUGCCCGUGAUGCCGUGCUAGCGGGACUCGAGCUGUCUGGACGUAGUGCUUCACUGGGGUUUGGUUUCGGUUCCCGUUUUUUACGCUCUUCAGCUGUGUCACCUGGUACGCUAAGGUUUCUGACUAGCCAACGGUUGUAACUUGGGGCAGAAGAGGAACAAGAGUGUGCUGUAAGUAAUGUGAGCAGGGCAAGGUCUUUUAAAAUUCUUGGGUGCCUUAGGAAGAUUACACACACACAGUUACCUUUUAUAAUUUAAUUAUAUUUUAUGUAAAGAGUGCUUCCAUUGGAUAUAUGGCUGAAGAGGCUCCUGUCUGGAGCACACCUAAAAGCCCUUUCAUCAGCAGUACAGACUCCCUCUGAUGCUGGUGAGCUUUAGUAUCACAAGAGGGUUUGGUUUGGAAGAGACUAUCAUCUGUUCCAAUCCUCCUGCCGUGGGCAGGGACACCUUCCACUGUCCCAGGCUGCUCCAAGCCCUGUCCAGCCUGGCCUUGGGCACUUCCAGGGAUCCAGGGGCAGCCACAGCUGCUCUGGGCACCCUGUGCCAGGGCC